AUGUCUGGUGACGCCAGCUUCUCGAUGACGGUCGAUGACAUUGUGUGGGUGCAGGGCGAGGUCAGGAAGGAGCUCAUCGAUGCCAUCGCCGCCCAGAAUCGUGAAAUCGACGCCCGGAACAGCGAGGUGAUGCGGUUCCUCGCCGAUCACGAUCGUUUCUCCAGCCUCGAUUCCGAGUUGGCCGCUCUGAAGGCAUACUCAAGUGCUUUGCCCACAAGGGAAAUCAACCGAGCCGAAACGGCGGCAUUCCACAAAGUCUUACAGUGGCUGACUGAUGCCAAGACUGUGGAUGCUUGGGCCGAUCAAAGGUUCCAGAUAAGGGACAACCUGGAAGCCAGAAGAGCCGAUGCCGCAAGGGAUUGGUUGAGGUCCACCUCAGAGCAGGGUCAAAACGAAGUACGCCAGAGCCCUGACGUACUUCGCCUCUCGUUGGCAGUGCCACACUCAUUAUGGGAAAGCGCCGUUCAGCACCUGCCCGUUGGGGAAACAAGCGUCUCGCUGCCUCCCAGGGGCAAUCGCUACCCUACGGGCAUCACCGUCACGCCUACUCUGUCCAAUUCUGACGGCGACGCCGGUGUUGCGGAAGAGCGGACUGCGAUCAUCCACGACAUCUGUGAGCCCUUCGAAACGGAGAAUGAAGAAGGCCUCGAGGAGAAACUGGAUAGCUAUCUCAAGCAGAUUGGCGAAGCAGAGCGCCUGCUCAUCCAGCGUGCCAUUCCAUCGACGCAGCAUGUUGGCAAAUCGGAGACAGGCGUGGACGACCGAGGUGAGACUGUGCAACUACGAGCAGCGAGAGCGGUCAACAAGUCAAUCCGAGAGAUCUUCGACCGAUCGCAGGCGAAAUGGCCGGGCUUCGAAGGACUGGCAGGCAGGGAGAGCAUGGAUACCCACCUGACGGGGCUGGAGCACAUCUUGUGGCGUACCUUCAGAGACGAGGAGGCCGAGCACGAAUUCUACGCUAAUCAGGCUGACGAGGGGGCCUCGGAUGCAGGCGACCACAUGGAGGUUGACGAGUGA